AUGGCAACCGCAACACACACUGAGACGGUCAAGGACCGCCGGCCAUCGGACCCUCCUGGUCGCGAUGUCGACUCGGAUAACAAAGACGCGAGCAGCGAGGCGGCUCUGCCAGCGGAACUCAUCUCGGCCGGAUCACAGCAACUUCACCGCAGACUUGGUGGCAAGGAGAUUCAGCUCUUUGCUGUCGGAGGUGCCAUAGGAACCUCUCUCUUCGUCCAAAUGGGUGCGUCGCUACCGAAAGGUGGCCCGGCAGGGCUUUUCUUGGGAUUUGUUAUAUACGGAAGCAUUAUCGUUGCAGUCAACCAGUGUUUCGCGGAGAUGGUCACCUACCUUCCGAUCGCGUCGCCAUUUGUGCGGCUUGCUGGGUUCUGGGUUGAUGAUGCCUUGAGUUUCGCCAUGGGAUGGAACUACUUUUUCCUUAUGGCCUUUAACAUCCCAUACGAGAUCACGGCCAUCUACGUGCUGCUCACAUACUGGACCGAUAAGAUUCCCGUCGGCGCGGUCGUUGUAGUAUGUUUGGCCAUCUUUGCUGUUCUGAAUGGCCUCGCUGUGCGCUGGUUUGGAACGUCGGAGUUUUACAUGUCGAUAUUCAAGAUCUUCCUUAUGGUUGGUCUUAUGAUGUAUACCUUCAUCACCAUGGUCGGCGGGAAUCCCCGCAACGAUGCGUAUGGGUUCCGUUACUGGAACAAUCCCGGCGCAUUCGUUGAGCAUCUCGUACCUGGUGACACGGGUCGGUUCCUCGGCCUACUUUCUUGCAUGAUCCAAGGAUCCUUCACGAUGGUCGGACCCGAGUUCAUUUCCAUGGCCGCUGCCGAAGCCGAAAACCCACGAAGGCUCAUGAAGAAGGCAUACGCAUCGUUCGUUUGGCGCCUCAUGUUCUUCUUCAUCGGUGGAGCCCUAUGCGUCGCGAUUGUGAUCCCAUACAACGACGAGAUGCUGGCGGGCUACAUCAACGGAGACAAGGAGGGAAGCGGCACAGGCGCUGCGUCCCCGUACGUCAUCUCAAUGGUGCACUUUGGCAUCAAAGGAGUACCUGAUCUGGUCAAUGCCCUGAUCAUGACGUCUGUCUUGUCGGCGGGAAACAAUGUCGUCUUCUCAGCCGCCAGAGUCUUGCACGGCAUGGCCAUCGACGGAAAAGCCCCGUCCUUCUACGCGAAGUGCACCAAGUUCGGUGUACCCCUGUACGCAGUCGUCACUGCGCUGGCGUUCUGCCUGCUUUCUCUUUUGCAGCUCAGCAAGUCCUCGGCCGACGUCCUCAAUUGGCUCGUGGGGAUCUGCACCGCGUCAUAUCUGCUCAACUACUUUGGGACGGUCGUCACGUACCUUCACUUUUACGCCGCGCUCAAAAAGCAAGGUAUCGACCGCAAGACCCUCCCGUACAGGGGCUACUUGCAGCCGUAUGCGGCCUGGUACGCUCUCUGCGCAACCCUUGUCAUGACAUUAGUACUUGGGUAUAAUGUCUUCAUCGACGGAGAGUGGGACAUUACGACAUUCUUCACGAGCUACACGAUGGUUGGCUUGUUCCCUGCCGCGUUUGUGUUCUGGAAGGUGGUGCGACGGACAAAGUACGUUCGACCAGGCACUGCAGACCUCCAGCUCGGCACGACCAAAAGCGACAUCGACUUGUACGAGGCGCUUUACGAGAAGCCGAAGCGCGGUAAGGUAUCCGGGUAUCUGAACAGCUUCUUUGAGUAG